AUGCUCCUUCUUUGUCUUGCUCAUGUCCCGUCCUGCAGCUUAUUAUGCGCUCCUCCCCGCACCCAUAGCCCCUCGCUGUCUUACCCCCACAUCCAUAGCCCCUCGCUGUCUUACCCCCGCACCCAUAGCCCCUCGCUGUCUUACCCCCGCACCCAUAGCCCCUCGCUGUCUUACCCCCGCACCCAUAGCCCCUCGCUGUCUUACCCCCGCACCCAUAGCCCCUCGCUGUCUUACCCCCGCACCCAUAGCCCCUCGCUGUCUUACCCCCGCACCCAUAGCCCCUCGCUGUCUUACCCCCGCACCCAUAGCCCCUCGCUGUCUUACCCCCGCACCCAUAGCCCCUCGCUGUCUUACCCCCGCACCCAUAGCCCCUCGCUGUCUUACCCCCCCACCCAUAGCCCCUCGCUGUCUUACCCCCGCACCCAUAGCCCCUCGCUGUCUUACCCCCGCACCCAUAGCCCCUCGCUGUCUUACCCCCGCACCCAUAGCCCCUCGCUGUCUUACCCCCGCACCCAUAGCCCCUCGCUGUCUUACCCCCGCACCCAUAGCCCCUCGCUGUCUUACCCCCGCACCCAUAGCCCCUCGCUGUCUUACCCCCGCACCCAUAGCCCCUCGCUGUCUUACCCCCGCACCCAUAGCCCCUCGCUGUCUUACCCCCGCACCCAUAGCCCCUCGCUGUCUUACCCCCGCACCCAUAGCCCCUCGCUGUCUUACCCCCGCACCCAUAGCCCCUCGCUGUCUUACCCCCGCACCCAUAGCCCCUCGCUGUCUUACCCCCGCACCCAUAGCCCCUCGCUGUCUUACCCCCGCACCCAUAGCCCCUCGCUGUCUUACCCCCGCACCCAUAGCCCCUCGCUGUCUUACCCCCGCACCCAUAGCCCCUUGCUGUCUUACCCCCGCACCCAUAGCCCCUCGCUGUCUUACCCCCGCACCCAUAGCCCCUCGCUGUCUUACCCCCGCACCCAUAGCCCCUCGCUGUCUUACCCCCGCACCCAUAGCCCCUCGCUGUCUUACCCCCGCACCCAUAGCCCCUCGCUGUCUUACCCCCGCACCCAUAGCCCCUCGCUGUCUACCCCUCGCUGUCUACCCCUCGCUGUCUACCCCUCGCUGUCUAUCCCUCGCUGUCUACCCCUCGCUGUCUACCCCUCGCUGUCUACCCCUCGCUGUCUACCCCUCGCUGUCUACCCCUCGCUGUCUACCCCUCGCUGUCUACCCCUCGCUGUCUACCCCUCGCUGUCUACCCCUCGCUGUCUACCCCUCGCUGUCUACCCCUCGCUGUCUACCCCUCGCUGUCUACCCCUCGCUGUCUACCCCUCGCUGUCUACCCCUCGCUGUCUAUCCCUCGCUGUCUACCCCUCGCUGUCUACCCCUCGCUGUCUACCCCUCGCUGUCUACCCCUCGCUGUCUACCCCUCGCUGUCUACCCCUCGCUGUCUACCCCUCGCUGUCUACCCCUCGCUGUCUACCCCUCGCUGUCUACCCCUCGCUGUCUACCCCUCGCUGUCUACCCCUCGCUGUCUACCCCUCGCUGUCUACCCCUCGCUGUCUACCCCUCGCUCGCUGUCUACCCCUCGCUGUCUACCCCUCGCUGUCUACCCCUCGCUGUCUACCCCUCGUUGUCUACCCCUCGCUGUCUACCCCUCGCUGUCUACCCCUCGCUGUCUACCCCUCGCUGUCUACCCCUCGCUGUCUACCCCUCGCUGUCUACCCCUCGCUGUCUACCCCUCGCUGUCUACCCCUCGCUCGCUGUCUACCCCUCGCUGUCUACCCCUCGCUGUCUAUCCCUCGCUGUCUACCCCUCGUUGUCUACCCCUCGCUGUCUACCCCUCGCUGUCUACCCCUCGCUGUCUACCCCUCGCUGUCUACCCCUCGCUGUCUACCCCUCGCUGUCUUACCCCUCGCUGUCUACCCCUCGCUGUCUACCCCUCGCUGUCUUACCCCUCGCUGUCUACCCCUCGCUGUCUACCCCUCGCUGUCUUACCCCUCGCUGUCUACCCCUCGCUGUCUACCCCUCGCUGUCUACCCCUCGCUGUCUACCCCUCGCUGUCUACCCCUCGCUGUCUUACCCCUCGCUGUCUACCCCUCGCUGUCUACCCCUCGCUGUCUACCCCUCGCUGUCUACCCCUCGCUGUCUACCCCUCGCUGUCUACCCCUCGCUGUCUACCCCUCGCUGUCUACCCCUCGCUGUCUACCCCUCGCUGUCUACCCCUCGCUGUCUACCCCUCGCUGUCUACCCCUCGCUGUCUUACCCCUCGCUGUCUACCCCUCGCUGUCUACCCCUCGCUGUCUACCCCUCGCUGUCUACCCCUCGCUGUCUACCCCUCGCUGUCUUACCCCUCGCUGUCUACCCCUCGCUGUCUACCCCUCGCUGUCUACCCCUCGCUGUCUACCCCUCGCUGUCUACCCCUCGCUGUCUACCCCUCGCUGUCUACCCCUCGCUGUCUACCCCUCGCUGUCUACCCCUCGCUGUCUACCCCUCGCUGUCUACCCCUCGCUGUCUACCCCUCGCUGUCUACCCCUCGCUGUCUACCCCUCGCUGUCUACCCCUCGCUGUCUACCCCUCGCUGUCUACCCCUCGCUGUCUACCCCUCGCUGUCUUACCCCUCGCUGUCUACCCCUCGCUGUCUACCCCUCGCUGUCUACCCCUCGCUGUCUACCCCUCGCUGUCUACCCCUCGCUGUCUUACCCCUCGCUGUCUACCCCUCGCUGUCUACCCCUCGCUGUCUACCCCUCGCUGUCUUACCCCUCGCUGUCUACCCCUCGCUGUCUACCCCUCGCUGUCUACCACUCGCUGUCUACCCCUCGCUGUCUACCCCUCGCUGUCUACCCCUCGCUGUCUACCCCUCGCUGUCUACCCCUCGCUGUCUACCCCUCGCUGUCUACCCCUCGCUGUCUACCCCUCGCUGUCUACCCCUCGCUGUCUACCCCUCGCUGUCUACCCCUCGCUGUCUACCCCUCGCUGUCUACCCCUCGCUGUCUACCGCUCGCUGUCUACCCCUCGCUGUCUACCCCUCGCUGUCUACCCCUCGCUGUCUACCCCUCGCUGUCUACCCCUCGCUGUCUACCCCUCGCUGUCUACCCCUCGCUGUCUACCCCUCGCUGUCUACCCCUCGCUGUCUACCCCUCGCUGUCUACCCCUCGCUGUCUACCCCUCGCUGUCUUACCCCUCGCUGUCUACCCCUCGCUGUCUACCCCUCGCUGUCUACCCCUCGCUGUCUUACCCCUCGCUGUCUACCCCUCGCUGUCUACCCCUCGCUGUCUACCCCUCGCUGUCUACCCCUCGCUGUCUACCCCUCGCUGUCUACCCCUCGCUGUCUACCCCUCGCUGUCUACCCCUCGCUGUCUUACCCCUCGCUGUCUACCCCUCGCUGUCUACCCCUCGCUGUCUACCCCUCGCUGUCUUACCCCUCGCUGUCUACCCCUCGCUGUCUACCCCUCGCUGUCUACCCCUCGCUGUCUACCCCUCGCUGUCUACCCCUCGCUGUCUACCCCUCGCUGUCUACCCCUCGCUGUCUACCCCUCGCUGUCUACCCCUCGCUGUCUACCCCUCGCUGUCUACCCCUCGCUGUCUACCCCUCGCUGUCUACCCCUCGCUGUCUACCCCUCGCUGUCUUACCCCUCGCUGUCUACCCCUCGCUGUCUUACCCCUCGCUGUCUACCCCUCGCUGUCUACCCCUCGCUGUCUACCCCUCGCUGUCUACCCCUCGCUGUCUACCCCUCGCUGUCUACCCCUCGCUGUCUACCCCUCGCUGUCUACCCCUCGCUGUCUACCCCUCGCAGUCUACCCCUCGCUGUCUACCCCUCGCUGUCUACCCCUCGCUGUCUUACCCCUCGCUGUCUACCCCUCGCUGUCUACCCCUCGCUGUCUACCCCUCGCUGUCUACCCCUCGCUGUCUACCCCUCGCUGUCUUACCCUCGCUGUCUACCCCUCGCUGUCUACCCCUCGCUGUCUACCCCUCGCUGUCUACCCCUCGCUGUCUACCCCUCGCUGUCUACCCCUCGCUGUCUACCCCUCGCUGUCUACCCCUCGCUGUCUACCCCUCGCUGUCUACCCCUCGCUGUCUACCCCUCGCUGUCUACCCCUCGCUGUCUACCCCUCGCUGUCUACCCCUCGCUGUCUUACCCCUCGCUGUCUACCCCUCGCUGUCUUACCCCUCGCUGUCUACCCCUCGCUGUCUACCCCUCGCUGUCUACCCCUCGCUGUCUACCCCUCGCUGUCUACCCCUCGCUGUCUACCCCUCGCUGUCUACCCUCGCUGUCUACCCCUCGCUGUCUACCCCUUGCUGUCUUACCCCUCGCUGUCUACCCCUCGCUGUCUACCCCUCGCUGUCUACCCCUCGCUGUCUUACCCCUCGCUGUCUACCCCUCGCUGUCUACCCCUCGCUGUCUACCCCUCGCUGUCUACCCCUCGCUGUCUACCCCUCGCUGUCUACCCCUCGCUGUCUACCCCUCGCUGUCUACCCCUCGCUGUCUACCCCUCGCUGUCUACCCCUCGCUGUCUACCCCUCGCUGUCUUACCCCUCGCUGUCUACCCCUCGCUGUCUUACCCCUCGCUGUCUACCCCUCGCUGUCUACCCCUCGCUGUCUACCCCUCGCUGUCUACCCCCUGCUCCACGCGUAUUUAGAUUGCCUUUGGGACGCCUUUGGGACGUAA